AUGAAAAAUUCCGAAACUCUACCACUAAUUACUAGAAAAGCGCCAGUGAAGUACUAUCAUAAUGAUAAUGUUUCACGAUUUGAGAGAAGGAGAAGAGAGAAAAGCAAAAAGGAGUACUACUCUCGACUCGACCAUCUAAAUGAACUAUACGAGGAAGAUGAUAAACUUAUGGAAGGGGUCACUCAACCAGAAGAGGUAAUUUUGGAAUAUAGGAGAUACUUGAACAUUGGUUUUCAGAACGAAAAAUCGACAGAUCGAAUUCUGGCGAACCUGUCAAUUGCUCUCAACCUGACACUUCUUUUCACAAAUCUUUUAGCUUCAAUUUUAUCUGGAAGUUUAUCUAUUGUUAGUACAUUUGUUGAUUCAUUGAUGGAUGUCACAAGUGGUUUGAUCAUUGGAAUAUGUCUGAAACUUAUCAAAAACACGAACAUGUUCAAUUAUCCAAGAGGAAGGGCACGACUAGAACUAGUUGGUGUUAUAAUUUGUUCCAUACUUAUGGGAAUUGCCAACACUCUUCUCGUCGUUGAGUCGAUUCGUUCGAUUUUGAGUGGAAAUAUAAAUCCUGAAAUGGAUAUUCCAACACUAUCUAUAAUGCUAGGAGCGGCAGCAGUUAAAAUAAUUCUUUGCCUGGUAUGCUAUCGUCGUGGAUCUAGUUCUUCCAUUGUUCUUGCUAUGGAUAUGAGAAACGAUAUUGCCACCACGAUCGUAGCAAUUGUAUGUGCAACAAUUGGAGAUCGAUAUUGGCCAUAUGCAGAUCCAUUGGGAGCAAUUCUAGUUUGCGGAGUAAUUGCGACAUCUUGGUAUGGUCAUGCAUUGGAACAUGUUCCUCACCUAGUUGGCAAAAGAGCUGAAGGUGAGAGUCUGUCAAGGAUUCUAAAAAUUGUCAUCGAGCACGACCCCCGGAUAAAGUACGUGGAUCAUGUGAUGGUUUACCACACAGCUCUCGAAGCUCUAGCAGAAGUACACAUUGUGUUGGACGAGAAUCUUCCCUUGAGAGUAACACAUGACAUUGCUCAAGGUUUGGAACAGAAACUGAUGCGUUUGAACUUUGUUGAAAGAUGUUUUGUACAUUGUGAUUAUGAGUGUGAUGGAGAUAAGUAG